UCGCACCUAUAUAUGUCAGCACCGCAAGAGAGCACGCAUUCCUUUGUGCUCUUUUGCUGGUCUGCAAACUUAGGGCUUUUCUUUAGAGAGAGAAAGAAGAAAAGGGAAGAAGAUGGAACAGGUAGGAGUUAUAAUCCCUUGCCACACCAAGGAGGAAUUUGAUCAGCAGCUCCAAAAGGCCAUCGAAUCCAAGAAGCUGGUUGUAAUUGAUUUUACUGCAACAUGGUGUGGGCCUUGCCGUAUUAUGCUCCCACUUCUUGAGGAUUGGGCAAAGGAGUUUCCUCAUGUCUUGUUUUUGAAGGUGGAUGUGGAUGAAUUGAAGUCUGUUACUUCAGAUUGGGACGUGGAGGCAAUGCCAACCUUUAUUCUGGUGAAGGAAGGGAACAUACUGGAAAGGAUUGUUGGUGUGAGGAAGCAAGAACUGCGCCAAAAGAUCGAAGAGCACCAUUCUACCAGCGCUGCUUGAGGAUUUCAAACCAAGUGCUGCCUUUCUAGUCUUAUUAGCUUUAUGUUAUCGUUUGACUGGCAUGAACUUGUCUUUGUCAUUUCGUGGUUGUUUGUUUCAUGGUUAUCACUCCUUAAAACUGGAAGUACAUAUGUUUGAUAAAGAUACCAGUGCUUUUAUGUGAUGUUUGGAUUCCUUAUAUGGUAUGACAAAUUCGUCUA